CAGGUGACCUCUUUGAAAGAACAUAAACCUACCUGCGCAACCACCCAUCAGGACAAGGAAAUAGCUCCAGUAAUCGUUAUUAUUUCGCGCCACAUCGAUAUUUUUCGGGGACACUUUUGAAAGGAAAGAGUUUUGUCCGUAUUCUGAGUAUCUGUAAAACGGUUCAAGAUGAAGAAUUUGUUGUUUUCCUCAGCGGUUUUUGUCUGUCUAGCGUGUUUUUGUUUGGAGUUUGGUUUGAUUAGCACCGCAAAUGCAACGACCAACACUCCCCCUGCAACGACUAUGCCCGACACUUGCAGUGCACACAAUGGAAGCUGUGAAAAAUGUGUAUCCUUCCCAGGAGCAAAAUGCUUCUAUUGCGAGACUACAAAGAUCUGUGCCAAGUAUCCAGCCCAGGAAAUUUUCCCGACCAAAUAUUGUGCCUUGUCUGAAGCGAGAUGGGGAGUAUGUUUCUUGAACUUCGAGGCUUUGAUCAUUGCUAUGGGUGUCAUAGGAGGCGUUCUGCUCAUCGGCCUUGUCACAUGUAUCUACUGUUGCUGCUGCCGUUCCGGGAGCAACCGAGCCAAAAUGGACAGAGAGGAACUGGAAUACGCACGAAAGAAAGCUGAACGUCAAGUCAGACGUGGCCGAACAAAGGCCGAGAGAAAGGCCAAGAAUGAUGAAAUCAGACGGAAAUACGGUCUCAUGCCAGAAGACGAAAGCUCGUACCACAGGUUUGACGAGACUGCCUAAAGACUCGGCCGGGCAUCAGUACGGGUGCUGGUUGGAAAGUCUCCGGCCAGUAUAAACUGACCAAAAAAAAUAAAAAAAUUUCUGAACAAGAGAACAAUGGCCAUCGUUUCUACCACACGCUGGCUGGAACAUUCAAGAACCAAUUUCACUGUCUCUCAAAGGCCAGAUACAUGUAGUAAGAGAUGAGGCUGGUGGUUUGUGAAAUGCCCCCAUUAAGACUGUUAAGUGUUAUGCUUUGCCUACCUAAAGGGCAGGUCCAAACUUAACAAAACUGAAGCAAAUGUAAGCCCCCCCCCUCCCUAAUCACUCCCCAAAUCCUUCACAUUGGAAUAGUAUUUUUCAGGAGAAAAUAGGCCUAGAUAUUCAAUUCGAUAUUAAUCAUCGAAUCGCCGUUAAAAUUGUCAGAAAAUGUCCCUGCGGGCCCGUUGCCAAGAGGGGGCCUGAGCCCCCCCGUGGGAAGCUGCCCCCCCCCAUCAGUAAAAGCAUAAGCAUGAAAAAUAUAUUUUGUUCCAGUGAUGUGGCUCCCCCUAGCUGAUACUGUGGGUUCCCCCCCCUGUUAAUGUCUGAAGCUGGCGACGGUGCUUUGACCCUAUCGUUUCAAAGUGUGGAGAGAGCCAAGAGUUGUUGGAAGUGAUGCUUUGUGAAAUAGAGGUUGAUGAAAGUGCACAGGUGCAGGAGCUCAGUUGUAAUCAAGGGGUGGAAUUUCCCUCGUAAAAUCGGCGACAGCCAUCUUAUGAAGGGCUUUUCAUAUGUACCACCUUUAUUAAGGCCCCGUCUCCCUCCCUGGAUCAUUUGACUUUACCUGUUAGCCGUGCGAAAUCAGACAAAUUUUUUAAAGCCCCACUACGAGUACAAACAGCACCUCCGGAGUUGGACACAAGGGUUCGGAUAAAUGAAUUUCCUGUGGGCAUUGUUCUCUUGAGCGAGGCCUCUCUGGCGUCAGUUUUGUUAAAACGGAUGGAUGAAUUUCUGAUGCCUUGCUGGAAAACUUGCAUAUUUGCGUUAAUAUCUGCAAUAAUUCUCCAGGUUUUGAAGAAAAAAGUUAAUGUGUAUAUGUUUUUAACUACAGUAGAUCCGCAGAUCAGAAAGAAGUUAUCUUGCAUGUUAAAGAAUUUAACAUUCUUUUUCCCCCCGUUUCCCAGGGAAUUUUAUUAGUGUUACUUUUGGGUUCCCCCGUCCUCAUCCAGUUUAUAGUUUAAUGGUCGAGCACUGCGAAAACAUUCAUAUUUCUAGAGUUAACACACCUUUCCCUUAGCAUGGUUGCCCAGAAUGAAUGAUUUUAAUCACAAGUGUAAUCAUGUAAUAUAGUUAGGUUCUCUUGAUGUUUCAGUACACAUCACCUUGUUUGUCGAGGGGAACGAGACAGACAUUGGCAUAUGUCUGGCCGUUUCUGAAUAUUACGGCUGCAUGUGGAAAUGAUACACAUGAACAAGCACUUACGAAAGUCAGUGGCUAGGGGCUAUGGCCAUUUCCCAUAGAUAAUGAUCUAACUCUGAGCCUUAGCCUAUUAAUUCAAGCAAAAUGGUAUUACCCUCACUGCAACAACUCAUAGUCCUGUACACUGUAUUUGUCAAUUUUGUUUUUUUCUAUCUUAUGCUGUAUUUCUUCACAAGUUAUGUUUUCAUAUUGGCAGAGGCUACCAAGCAUUCUGAGCUGAUAGCUGUAGCCUCCAAAACAUGACAACCCUGCUCAAGUUUGUUCUUCCAGACAUGACAGGUGUGCGCGACUGCCUGCAAAUAAUUGCGCGAUUUCAAAACUGAGCAAAAGUUGAAGUUAAAAACACCACAAAUAACACUCUUGUACAUUAUAUCUUGGUUUUUUUUAUGAAGGAGCAAUUGUAAAUCGAACUAAGUAAUUUUGAUGAAUGAAAAAUAGUUAUUAUCCUUGACAGUUGGUAUAUAUAUAUUUUUCUGAAGACUAACAGCUUACAGAUACCUUCGAGCUCCACAGUUAUCACAUGCCAUUUUGUCGUAUUCGUUGGGCCUUUUCAAAUGAUAACGCGUUUGCAUCAGAUUUUUAAAUUGAUUCGCUGGAUUUGAAAAAUCCAACACUCAUUUGGCAGCCAGAAUGGCUGUAAAACUGUCCUCAUUUCUGCCAAAUCUAAACCCUGUCUCUAGUUUUUCAUCUUCGAGUUUUUUCCUAACUACAUCUGGAAAUUUUACCGAAUAAAACUCAUGGAAGUUGAUCCAAAGAGAGGAUCAAAUUCCUAAUGUGUAUAACCAUGUACUGUUUUGUAUAUGCCCAUAUCUAUGCACGUACAGCUACAAAAGGUUUCAGAAGUUAAAUGUUCUAAAAAAUGAUUAAUCCGCUCUAUAUGCCGGUACCUAAUGUACACUUUAUUGUAGAUAACGAUGAAAGGCCUUUCCUUAGAUUUAUGAGGGCUGUUUGAAAAAUCCUACGCUGUCAGGUAUUCAAUUGAUUAAAACUGCAAAUGAGAGUUAGCUUAAACUAAUUGAUGUAAACUUUGGUUGUGCUACAAAUUAAUGACAAUAAAUUUUGCACAUUAACUAGUUGUACACACGGUCACGUUUCAUUCAGCCACUGUCAGCUAAUCGAAGGAAUUUUUGUGGCAAACAAGUUUUAACGAGUCAUUUGAAGUUGUAACUUAAGUUUUGAUUGGCAUGUUAACGUAGUGUUGUGUGGCAGUUGAUUUUUUUGGUGGAUGGAACUGUGAGUUACUGGAAAUCCAUCAGAAUUGUACAUUUUGUUGGGAGAUUAUUUCGGAUGUGCUUUCCAAGUGAAAGAAAAUAUUUUCAUUUGACUUGAAUAACGAAUGAAACAGAUUUGCCAGGAAA